AGUUUACACGAAACGGAAGUUACAUUAAAAAAAAAACGUCCCAAUUAAUGAGGGAAUAUCUAUUUAAGGUUUCAAACGGUAGCUGCCAUUUCUACUUUAUGCAUUUGGAUUAAAUUUAAUUUAGUGUGUGCUCCUAUCUUUCUAGCUCUCUAUUAUGGGUGACGAAGAAAAAAAGGAAAAGAAGAAGAAGAGCAAAAAGAAGACUCAAGAUGCUGAUGCUACUCAAGAAGGAGAAAACGUAGUUCAAGAGGAAGAAGCACCACAAGAACCUCCUCCUCCAGAGAUUCAAGUUCCAGUUCCAGUACCAGAAAAAAAAGCAUCCACAAAAAGAAAAGCUCAAAGAUGUGGUUCGAAUAUUUUUGCGAUGUUUACGCAAAGGAAGGUGCAAGAAUUCAAAGAGGCAUUUCAACUUAUUGAUCAAGAUAAGGACGGAUUUAUUUCGAAACAUGAUUUGAAGCUUACCUUCGAACUAUUGGGCCGAGAAGUUGACGAUGAAGAUUUGACUUCAAUGCUUGCUGAAGCACCAGGACCUUUAAACUUUACAAUGUUUCUCACUAUCUUUGGCGAACGGAUAUCAGGUACCGAUGAAGAAGAUGUCAUUAUGUCAGCCUUUUCUAUUUUUGACGAAGGCGAUGGAAAAAUGAAAGAGGAAGUAUUAAAAAGCACAUUACGCAAGAGAGGAGACAAAUUUACGGAAGAAGAAGCCGACAUAUGUUUAAAAGAAGCUCCUGUAGAUAGAGAAGGAUACAUUAGUAUAAGAAGAUUUACAAGAGUUCUCACAAAAGGCGAUGAUGAUGAUGAUACUGAUGGUGGUUAAAAUCUGUUUAAUAAAAUCGAGAAGGCGCUAUACUGAGGAACACUAGAGCUGCCGGCUGUACUCAUACUCAUCAUUAGUUAUGAUUUUUUUUGUGAAAAAUAAAAAUGUUCCUCGCAUUGA